CUUUGUCAGAUCAUUGUUUGUAGCAUGUGCCUGCGUCAGUGUGCUGUGUUUCCCUGCCUGUUCUCUGUGUAUUUUCUCGGUUCCUGUUCAUCUUGUUUCCUCGUUUUUUUUUUUGACCUGCCGUUUUUGUGUACACCUUCUGUUUUUUCAUGGAUUUUUGUUAAAAUAAAGACUCAAGCUCAGUACUUUGCCUGUCAUCUCUGCAAUUGGGUUCAACCUUCUCCACCACCCUUAACAAUUUCUUUUUCUUUCCCAGAAUCCAUAGCUACUCCACCUGGAGACAGCACAGGUCUGAACUUUAUUGUUGUUUUUCCGGAGAACAUUGCCGACUAUCAUCCUGAAGCUCCCCAAAACAAAGUCCGAAUCACUGCCAUGAAUGACAACACUCAGGUAACCAUACAAUAUUUUAACGAUAAACCCGGUGGUCCAGAUACACUGCGCAAAGGAGAGACUCGGUUGUACCCAGUUAAUGCAAAUAUGGAUCUUUGGAAGACAGGAUUCUCCAACAAAACUCUCAAAAUUAACAGCAAAAAAACCAUCACCGUCCAAGCCAUCAACUGUAAAAAAAACAGUGCGCAGACAGCUCUGGUUAUUCCGACGGACCAACUGGGCAACGAGUACUUCAUCCCGCCGAUCCCCAACAUUCAAGGAACGACUGUCCCUUCGGACAUUGUCACGACAGGUGUAACUGAAAGAAACCCGUUCAAACUCAUUAUUGUCAAUACGGACAAAGUAAACAAAGUAACCGUCGGAAAUAACCAAACCUUUAUCCUUCAACCCUUUCAGCUCAAUCAGGUCUGGGUACAAGACAAGACAUUGCGAACUGUGAAAGCCGACAAUGCGGUUGCCGUCCUCUUCGGUCACACUUGCGCCAUGAAGGACAACUGCACCUGCGGGCAGCUGUACGCGACGCUGCCGCCCGCCAAUGACGUGAAGCUGAAGUUCUACAUUCCUCCAAUUCUGGCCAACAACGUUGAAGAUAAUGCAUUCGUACUUCUGUCAGAGAGAGGAUCCACCAGAGUACAGGCCUUCAACAAGGACUUGCAGAUGGUCGAGGCAGCCGGCACGGCCAUCUUCUACCGUCCAGGCUUACUCCUCACUCUGAUCCCAGAGACAGACUUCGCCAGCUGUUAUGUCGUCAACGCCAUCCCUGAUACGCCGAGCUUCGCCCUAAUCGUGGUCAACAAGAGUCUCACUGACGGGGUUCAUAAUGGAGGGCUUUCUUUGCAGAAUCCUGUUUGGCAGGAGCUGAAAGGGACAGAGUACGUCUCGACACUUGUUGCUGUGGGGAGUCAGAGCGUCAUCUGGCACGAUUCCUCUGAAAUGGCUGUCUACUUUUUGGGAAAGAAAAAAACUGCUUUGUUUGGGAACCCAGCGCCCAUCAUCAGUAAAACCCCAGAUUUCAGGGGUUGCGUCUUGUCUCCAGAGGUCAUGAAAAUUGCAGACGUCUCAGAUGGCUGGCGAGAAUCCCUGAAGUACUGCAAAGACAAGGGCCUGGAGCUGGUCAGCUUCCCCAAGGCCCAACUCCAGAGACAUAUCUAUGAAAAAAUCCUCCAGCUCAAGAAUGACACGGUGCAGGAAGUGUGGAUCGGCAUGCGCCGGAGCUCCCGGUCUGGCGAGUGGUACUGGCUGAAUCAGCAACCAGUCAACGACACCAACUGGGAUGAGGGGGAGCCCGGCACGGUAUUUGAUGGCCAGUGUGUUGUAAUGAGUCUGGAAAAGGGCAAGGACUUUGGCUGGAGUGGCAAGGACUGCUGUAAGCCAGCUUAUUCCAUCUGCUACAAAGAACCCGUCUUGUUUUGGGGUUGAGACCGAGACAAGACCAAGACUUUGAGGGGUUGAGACCGAGACUUUGAGGGGUUUAGAACGAGAAUAUGAGGGGUUGAGACCGAGACAAGACCCAGACUUUGAGGGGUCGAGACCG